GUUAUUCUGUUAAUCUGUCACACUCCUAAGCUUCAUUAUCAUAUUGUCAUAUGUCACACUGUCUUAUUUUAUAGUCAUAUUAUCCGCAUACUCGACCCUCGAAAAUGUGUUACAGACUUUUAAAUUUUUAAAAUACUGAAUUUUAAACCUCUCUCAUAAGCACACGAGCACGCACCAAUCCUAUCUUGCUUUGCCAUUCAAACACACACAGAGAUAAUUUUUCUGGCCAUUGCGAAGCCACUAACCAUUUAAUCCUCAUGUCAGCGUAGACAGACUGAUAAGCAUGCAGCAGUAAAUGGACGACCAGAGCGAUGUGAGAGCGGCAGAACUGACGCCUGUGUGUGCUGGGCACAUCAAAGAGUGCCGUCUGACGCCGCUGAAGUCUAUGACUUGACAGCCGCAGUCUUUAUGUGCCGCCAGCUAACAUCAUCAAACCGCUUCUCCCUUCAGUCAUUCCUUGAAAUAUGACAUCCUUAAGUUUCUGACAGUGUGACUGGCAUGUAGGUAACAGUAGUUUGUCGAACGAAGAAAUCAGAUGGUUUGGCGAACCAUCCGUCCAUCUAUCUAUUCUGGCGUAGCCACAUUUAUCUCCCCCACACACACAUAAAGAUAUAGUACAAGCUUAAACAUACAAGAACUGUGUGGCUCGUACCAAUUUCAAUUUUUAAAAUACAAAAUUAAAUCAAGUCGCAGAUGUAAUAUCUGUGAUAUUAAGAAACACCACUUAGGGUUCGCCCCGCCAUUGGCGAGAAUUAAGUCCAUUACUUAUCAGCUCAGUCUUGUCCCCGACCCUCUCACAGCUUUGUCAACACUUUCCCCUAAUUUGCCUGGUGUUUACACAUCCUCCGAAGGGGAAAAUAGAAAAGAGAAGAACUGCUAUAUGACAUACUGCCUGUCACAUGUCAGCUUCGGAUUUCAAACUUCUUGUCCUAUCUUAUUAUUAGAAAUCUUUGACGCGCCAUCCGAGGGCGAUGAAAAGCUGUUUACAAAGUUUUGAUCACUUAAGGGCCUAACUUCAAUUAUCGUGCAUACCUUAUAACAUCCUGGUGUAGGCCAGACUUUUCAGACAGAACUCUUAAACCAAUAAUUGAACUGAAAGGAAUUCAUAAAUCACAGCUCCGUGUGGAAAGCGGAUAGUCGCCGCCAUGACGCAUCACAAGAAAUGCCAGUACACAAGAUCGCUCAAAGCACGGACGUGCAUAGGUUCCUGCUCAAAGCUUGUUCUGAGCUACAUCCAAGCUCUUCUACCUACUGAAUCUUUUCAGUGUCUUCGGCGACCAUAAUAAUGAUAAUUUGAACUGCUUUGAGAAUGAACAAAAACAAAAAGAUCAAGCUUUUCGGAAGUUCCAAAAUGGCGCUGAUCCCAGGGUCCUACGCGCGGGCGGCUGGCCUGCAGAGCGAGAUCAACAAGGUCACGGUGACCCGCGUGGCCGGAAGUGAGGUGCAGUUCCAGCGCACCAUCGACACCUACCAGAAGGACCUCCGCUACAACGUCAACCAGAUCCAGCGCGAGCAGAGGCAGCUACGGCGCUCCAUGCGGCGCUACCACCACAAGCUGCGGCAAGGCAGGAAGGACCGAAAACAGCGGCAACUGCAGCUGCAGGCCCAACAGCAACGCUCCCGACGACUAGCGGAAGAAGGGCGGCUGCUCCUCCCGCAGAUUCUGACCCUUGAUGAUGACGACGGGAACGCGGACAAAGGUACUGUGCACGACAAAGGGAGUGAAGAAACCCAACAAGAGGAACAGCCACAUUCUAAUCACACUUCUACUGACCACCCAGACAGUAACGACAGUGCUGAUGCUCUCACUGAAAGUGUGAGUCAGUCGCAAGCUGACCGAGACGGCUUUGGUGAGAAAGGGUUUAAUAAUGGGUCUAAACCUAUUCUGACCAGGAACAAAGCCAAUGCUUAUUUCAGGUCACAUAAAGGGUUAAAGAAAGAGAGGUCAGCAAAGAGAAAGAAAACAAGCGAUAAUGAAGAACGGACUGAGGGAAACGACGAUGGUGAUGACAAGGACGAAAACGGUGAGGACUCUGUCCUGCCGUCCAUUGCCGAGGAAGAGGAGCAAAAUGGCCGUAAUACUCCUGGUGAUGAAGUAGGUCUUUCCGCUUCCUUCAGGGCUUGCGAAAUCCUGAUGGAACCGAGUAGUAUCAGCAAUCCUACAGGCUUGGAAAGCAUCGGAAGCUCCACAAGACCAAACACGGACACGAAACUCAGGUCAGCGGACAAUCAUGUGAUACUUCCCUCACUCGAUACCAAAAAUAUCCAAAGAAAAUCCAGUUUUGCUUCUGCCGGCAACAACGAUUCCAGCAGCACAUCAGACACCGCAGAGCACAAGAGUCACCUGACUCAAGAUACGAGCGUUUCACCUGCUAUGGCAGUUUCGAGGUCUCCAGGUAAGCCCACCCGUCGGACAGGUGUGUCGUACGGGGACCUGAUCAAGCUGCAGCACACGCACUCGUCCAGCACCAAAAAGCUGUUCAGCCUGGUGGACCGCCUGGCCUCCAAGCACGGCAUCGUCGACCCGCCUACUACUGAUUCGUCCUCCAGGAGGAAGAGGUACUCCUCCAUGGACCCGCGGUCCAACGCAAAGAUCAAACAGCGAGGCCAGGAGCAAGCCCAGUCGCUGAUGUCUGACGGGAUGGUGAAGCAGGCAGCCAUCUUGUACUUCAUCAAGUACGGCUACUCGCAGCGCGACGAGGAAGAGCCCGUAGAACGUGCAGAGUCAUCCGCAUUAGUGACUGAGCGUGGGUCUCUCGCGCUGGACGAGAACCCGAGGAGUCCCGAGGAGAACCUCAAGACCUGGAGCGUGGACGGCGGCGGGCGCAAAGUCGGACAGAAACGCGAAGCUUCUUCGGCGCUGGUCUCUAAGACAGAGUCCCACAACGUCGCCACUUCCGGUGACAUUAAUUCCUUGCUUUCCAGCAGUGGAACCAACAGCGAGCACGUGCAGAACAGCAGGGGGAGGCAGUCAAUGAGCAUGCUAGCCUUAUCUCAGCACGUGACAGCGAUAAAAAGUCGCUCCGUGGACAGACAUAACCUCGAGUCGCCGCCGCUAUCGCGCCGCAUCUCCGCGCGCUCCAAGUCCACGACGUCCGCGGUGGGCAGAGGAGGCACCGGACAUGACCCCGGUCCGCUGUACGACUCUUUGGGAGAACCGGCCCUGCAGAAACUGUCCCCCCUGCCGGCGACCUUGGGCCGGUCCAGACGAGACAGCAUCAGAAGCCUGCUGCACGAGCGACUACAAGAGGUGGGGGCGAGCAGCAGCGGAGUUGCCUGGCAGUCGGCCUUCGGGCGCCUGAAGAUGGUGCACACGCUGGUGGACCUCUCGCCUUACUUUGUCAGGGACAGCCCCUAGAUAAACUGUUUUUUGUCAAUGACAGUCCCCAGACUUCCUAGGCUCUGUGUAUAGCAGACAACGAUGACGAUGAUGAUUGCUAAUGGUGAUGGCGACAAUCAGCAUUGCAAGUGUUGAUGAUGUUGCUUCUUGCCUAGCAUUUGUCAUGUGUAAAACAUAAAAUCUCGAGGGUUCCGGAUUAUGCAUACAAUGUAUCUUCGCCAUCAUUUGCGCGACUAGAUGACUUCGAUCGGUUCUGGUGGGAUGUAUGGCUGGAUGAAUUUGGUCGUUACUAAAGUUUCAGUAAACGAAUGAUAGCUGGACAAACCUGCUUAAGGCUGCCAGCUGGAACGACUGAGCAGUAGUGUUCUUUUCAUUCAUAGCGUUCCCCACUUUUUUCGACACUUCCUUCCUUCUGUCUGCAGAGGUCAAAGGAAGUAUAUAUUAACUCAUUUUGAUAUUCCUACCAACAAAGAACCUUUACUAAAUAAAAAAAUGUAACUGAAAUUUAUUUUUAACUAGAGGUAUGUCACUGUUUGUAACGCUGAUUGUAAUGCGGGUGAUCUAAUUGCAGCCCGCGGCUCUAUAGCCCUCAGCAAAUAUAAAUAAAGUAUACUCAGGAACAAAUAUAAAUGAACUCAGCAUAAGGCUACUACUUUCUGGUAAAAAUGGAUUGCUUCGACAAAAUUUGGUUAGAAAUGGACAAAUAGUGUGAAUUCAUAACAUACACCUAUUCAACCAACCACCUAUUCCUCACUACCCUCUACCACUAGUCAAAACACACACACACCACUUUAAGCGAAACACAGGUGGUAAUUGCAACCACUAACUCUAAAAACUUGAACAUUACCAUAAGCAAGAUUGUGACACAAAAGGACUUGUGUGUUUAUCCUUUGCAGUUCACCUUUCGGUUGGAAUAAUGCAACUUCAUGGCAUGUUUUGAUCCUAUUCACUGUCUUGUAACGUGGAAUACAAUGAAGUGACAGAUGUUUUGUCCUGCCUCUUCCCCACACAAGGCAGAUGUGGACUGACUUCAGGGUGUUCUUCCUAAUCACAUUAGAGCUCGCGUUUCAUCUCAACAUAGCAGCGACAUUAUUAUUAAUAAUAAUGACAACAACAAUGUGAUUUAUACAGCACACACAAUCACACUAAGAUGCAUGCUCUCAACGCUUAAGAUGAGUAGGAAACACGGAGAGAAUACAAGAUGGAAGGAGAAACAACUAUGCACAUAAAAAAUAAAAGACAAACAGAAGACACAAAGAGAAAUCAAGUAACAAACAGUAAAAAUGGAGAGAGUGAUAAAUCUGAAGAGGAAGGUCUGCAGGCAAUAGACUAUAAUUACAAUUGACAGCUAUGCUAAUAGGUAAAAAGAGUUGUCCUCAUGGAUCUUGUUUUUAGUGUACAUUUAAAGAAUUUGAUGGUUGGUAAAGGGCGGAUAUGAAUGAGAAGACAGUUCCACCGUUUUGCAGAAAAGCAACUAAAAAU